GACGCUCUGGGGCGCGCACGCGCGCUUCGGCGGGGGCGUGCGGGGUCCCGGGCCGCGACAGCCGCAACUCCCGCGCGGCCCCGUACACACCUGUCACGCCCGGCGCAGCCCACGCAGCUCGGGACGCGGCAGGCCCAGGCCGCCGAGUCCCUCCCGCCCUGAGGCGCCGGGGGCUGGGCUGCGCUGGGGCUGCCGCGUGGGUGGCCGUGGCUGUGGCAGGCGGCUGUGCGCGGGGGUCGCAGGUGCAUCCCGGGAGGAGUGGUGGCCCGGGUGGCGCGUGCCUGGGAACGCUGAUCCCUCAGUGGCAGACAUGCUGCUGCUCAAGAAACAGACCGAGGACAUCAGCAGCGUCUAUGAGAUCCGGGAGAAGCUUGGCUCGGGCGCCUUCUCUGAGGUGGUGCUAGCCCAGGAGCGGGGCUCCUCGCGCCUUGUUGCCCUCAAGUGCAUCCCCAAGAAGGCCCUUGGAGGCAAGGAGGCCCUGGUGGAGAACGAGAUUGCAGUGCUCCGGAGAGUCAGCCACCCCAACAUUGUGGCUCUGGAGGACGUUCACGAGAGCCCGUCCCACCUCUACCUGGCCAUGGAGCUGGUAACUGGGGGCGAGCUGUUUGACCGCAUCAUGGAGCGCGGGUCCUACACAGAGAAGGAUGCCAGCCAUCUGGUGGGCCAAGUCCUUGGCGCUGUCUCCUACCUGCACAGCCUGGGCAUCGUGCACCGUGACCUCAAGCCUGAAAACCUUCUCUAUGCCACACCCUUUGAGGACUCCAAAAUCAUGGUCUCUGACUUUGGCCUCUCCAAAAUCCAGGCUGGCAACAUGCUAGGCACUGCCUGUGGGACACCAGGAUAUGUGGCCCCAGAGCUCUUGGAGCAGAAACCCUACGGGAAGGCCGUGGAUGUGUGGGCCCUGGGUGUCAUCUCCUACAUCCUGCUGUGUGGGUAUCCCCCUUUCUACGAUGAGAGCGACCCCGAACUCUUCAGCCAGAUCCUGAGGGCCAGCUACGAGUUUGACUCACCCUUUUGGGAUGACAUCUCAGAAUCAGCCAAAGAUUUCAUCCGGCACCUUCUGGAGCGAGACCCCCAGAAGCGGUUCACCUGCCAGCAGGCCUUACAGCAUCUCUGGAUCUCUGGGGAUGCAGCCUUUGACAAGGACAUCCUGGGUUCAGUCAGCGAGCAGAUUCAGAAGAAUUUUGCCCGGACCCACUGGAAGCGAGCAUUUAAUGCCACCUCUUUCCUGCGUCACAUCCGCAAGCUGGGGCAGAGCCCAGAGGGUGAGGAGGCCUCAGAGCGGAGAAUGGCUCACCAUAGCCACCCCAAGUGGUGACGCCCAGGCGGUUGCUGAGGCCAAGUGCAUUGACCCCCAUGUUCCCUUCCCCUGGACUCUUUCAGUCCCCUAACUCCCCCACCCUGUCUGGUGUCCACUGGAAAGUUUGAAAUGUGUGACUGUAGUGCACGGUGCUGAGGCAAGAGGGGGCGCAUCCUCCCUCUCAGCUCAGCCUCUGCCCUCACGCGGGGGUCAAUGGGGCAAGUCCACAGAGGCCCCUCUGCCCUGCUGCCUCCACAGCGCCUCUAGCAGCCUAGGAUGCUUCCAGGGGCUGUCUUCCUGCACGCCGUUCUGUGCUCCGCUGACUGGAUGGUCCUGCUUGUCAUGGCCCUCCGGGCCCACUCCUGUUUUCCCCAAAUCAAUAAAGACAGACAGAGCAA